GCUGACACGACAGAUCAUGCCAAUGGACACUUCGCGGAGGAUUUCAGGAGAACCGAAGUAACUGGACAUAUAUCUUUUCCAUAAAUUCUUGCAUACCAACAUAGAUGGUGCCUGAGGAGAGAUGGUCCUGCUGAAGAAGUUGAACCGGGUGCUCCUGAUGUUGUUGAUUUUGAUGGUAUAUAUAAUCCUGUACAGCAAGGUACACAAAGUCCAGCUCCCAAACAGCAAUACAGAAAAGGAAGUUGAGACCGUGGCACAGGUGGAGGACAGCAAUGCCAUCCUGGUGGUCAUCUGUGCUGCCAAGGAGAGAAUGGGCGGUGCCAUGGCAACCAUCAACAGCGUGCGCAGCAACACAGAGGCCAAUGUGGUCUUCUACAUCGUCACCCUGCGCGAUUCCGUCUCCUACACCCGGCAGUAUAUUGAGAACUCUGAUCUGAAGGACAUAAAGUUUAAAAUCCUGGAGUUUAACCCGAUGGUUCUAAGAGGGAAGGUGAAAACAGACUCCACCCGACCUGACCUGAAGCACCCGCUCAACUUUGUGCGCUUCUACCUGCCGCUGCUUGUCAUCGGACACAAGAAGGUGAUCUACUUAGAUGAUGACAUCAUCGUGCAAGGGGACAUACAGGUCCUGUACAACACUAAACUGGACCCAGGACAUGCUGCUGCUUUCGCCAACGACUGUGACCUGCCGUCGGAUGUGGUCCGCAGUAUGGGUAUGCAGACAACGUACAUGGGGUUCUUGGACUACAGGAAGAUGGAGGUGCGGGAUUUGGGGAUUAACCCGAGCGAGUGCUCCUUUAACCCCGGGGUGAUUGUGGCAGACGUGGAGGAAUGGAAGAGGCAGAAGAUCACCAAACAGCUGGAGGGCUGGAUGCAGAACAACAUCAGGGACGACCUGUACACCAGCACCAUGGCAGGGGCCGUGGCCACUCCCCCCAUGCUGAUCGCCUUCUACCAGAAGUACUCCGACAUCGACCCCAGCUGGCACAUCGGACACCUGGGCUGGAGUCCUGACACCUGGUACUCUGAUGCCUUCUUGGAGGCCGCAAGCCUACUGCACUGGAACGGCCGCUUCAAGCCCUGGGACUUCCCCUGCGUGCACAUGGAGAUGUGGGAGAAGUGGUACGUCCCGGACCCCACGGGCAGGUUCACGUUGGUACGGCCCGACAGCUAAGAGACAGCAAAAUGGAAAGCGAGGGAGGGCGCAGAAACAGAGAGGGUGAAACAGGGAUGGCCAACCCUGGUCCUGGGGAGCCGCAGGGUGCGCUAGCUUUUGUUUUCAGCUGAAAAUCAGCAACAUAUUCACUCCCAAGAACCAGCCGAGGUGAGUUGACUGUGUAAUCAACUGCUUUAAUUGAUCAAUUAACUGCUGAGUAACAACGAAAGCCGGCACACCCAGCGGCUCUCCAGGACCAGAGUUGGCCACCCCUGGGGCGAAAUAAUGAGGAUGAGAGGAUGAGAAUGAGAGCGAUAGAUCAUGAAAGAAUGAAUGUGUGGGAGUGAGCAAGAGUGACUGCAAAAAUGUGAACAAGAGACAAUAGCUAUGAAUGCAAAGGGGUGAAUAACCAAGAAAUAGUGUGAGAGGGUUAAUAACAAAGAAAUAGUGUGAGAGGGUUAAUAACAAAGAAAGAGUGUGAGAGGGUGAAUAACUAAGAAAGAGUGUGAGAGGGUGAAUAACUAAGAAAGAGUGUGAGAGGUGAAUGACAAAGAGAUACGCAGGGCGUGACAUCUCUACAUUUCCCUGUCUGAUCCUGUACUGCUGCGUGUAUGAAAUUCACAAGGAACACAGCUCUGCAAAAACCAGAGGAUUUGGAUCCUCACAGUAUUUAACGGUUUACCGUGACUCCUGUACUCCCUGCUGCCUGAAGGGGGUGCUGCUUCCAUUCUGACCCACUGGCAUUCUGAGACUCUCCAAAAACCCUGCUCG